CCAUUCUAGUGCCCGUAAAGCCCAUCCUUAGAUAUAUGUCAAUGAUAAGCGUAUAAUAAAAAUAUAUAAAUAUUUAUUGGGUUAAAUAGUAUACAAUUUUAUUUAUUUAUUCAAUAACAACGCAUUGUUUGUGUUACAUUAGGUAUGUGUUGUAGCUUUGCAAGUUCACUGCGAUUCACUCGUCUAACUCUCAUUUCACGGCUCUUUCCACUUUAAGUUGACCCUGAGUUCCAUAACUAAUAAACGAUAUCAGAGUUCAGGUUAACUAAAAAUACAUUUUGCCUGUGGCGAUGUGCUCGGCGAAAAUUGUGAUUAAAAAUUAGGUGUAAAGUACCGUGGGUCAGUGUUUUUGCGACUGGCAGCCAUGCUGCUCGUAUUGUUGCUUGCGCUGUGCGCGUGCGUCGACGCCCGACCGCACAUUGUGAUUAUCGUGGCCGAUGAUCUUGGCUGGAAUGACGUGGGCUUCCACGGCUCCAACCAGGUACCAACCCCGAGCCUGGACGCCCUGGCCUACUCCGGGCUGCUUCUGCACAACUACUACGUGCCGCCCAUAUGCACGCCGUCGCGGGCCGCGCUCAUGACCGGGAAAUAUCCCAUACACACCGGCAUGCAGCACGGCGUGAUAUAUGGCAUGGAGCCGAGGGGGCUGCCGCUGUCGGAAACAUUGCUGCCACAACACCUACAGAAGCUGGGCUACCGCACGCACCUCGUCGGCAAGUGGCAUCUCGGGCAUUAUAAAAAGGAAUACCUGCCUUUGAAUAGAGGGUUCGAGAGCCACACCGGGUUCUGGACGGGCAGGAUCGAUAUGUACGACCACACGUCGAUGGAGCACGACACAUGGGGCACCGACUUCAGACGCGGCAUGCAAGUUGCACACGAUUUGUUUGGGAAAUACGCGACAGAUGUCUACACGGAUGAAGCCAUCAAGGUGAUCACAGCGCAUAACAAAAGUGAGCCACUGUUCCUUAUGGUAGCGCACUCUGCCGUGCACAGCGGGAACCCCAACGAGUUCAUCCGGGCGCCCGACAGCGAGAUCGAGAGGUUCAAGCACAUAGAGAAUUACCAGAGGAGAAAGUUUGCUGCUGUAUUAUCGAAACUGGAUGAGUCCGUGGGCAAAGUGGUUGUGUCCCUCCACGGGGCGGGACUGCUGAAUGAUACGAUCAUCUUGUUCACUACCGACAACGGCGGACCGGCGGCAGGCUUCAAUGACAACGCUGCCUCCAACUACCCCUUGCGAGGGGUGAAAGCUACGCUAUGGGAAGGUGGCGUGCGGGGCGCCGCGCUGCUAUGGAGCCCCCUGCUGCAGGCGAGGGCCCGCGUGGCGACACAGCUUGUGCACAUUGCUGAUUGGCUGCCUUCACUUAUCAGCGCGGCCGGUGGCGAUGCUAGCUUACUGAAGAACAUCGACGGACUAGAUUUGUGGAAUGAGUUGUCCAAGGACCAGCCGUCUAAGAGGACCUCCGUCGUCCACAACAUCGAUAACAAAGACGGGAGCGCCCUUACUAUGGAUAAUUGGAAACUACAUACAGGCUCGUCUUACAACGGCGCAUGGGACUCGUGGUACGGGCCGGCUGGACGGAAUGGCUCAUACGACCUGGACGCGGUGUACGGCGGGAAAGUCGGCACUAUCCUCGGCAAGAUGGGUCUUAUGCCCACGAGGGAGAAAGCUGGCCUACUUAGGAAAGCUGCUACUGUACAAUGUGGCAGCGAUCCAGAGGUGGUGUGUAAGCCACUGCAGAAUCCAUGCCUCUUCAACAUACGAGAUGAUCCCUGCGAACGGGUCAACUUGGCCAGCAAAAAUCCACAAAUUGUGCAAAGGCUUCUAGAGGAACUCCGCGUCUUGAAUCAGACUAUCGUGCCCCCAAACAAUAAGGCGGACGACCCACGCGGAGACCCCAAGUUCUGGGGGCGUGUGUUCACCAACUUCGGGGAUUAUGAGAUAGAAAACGGCUCGCAGUGCCGAUGAAACUGUUUUCACUUAUGGUCGCUUUUAUAUUAAACUUUACCGGUCGUCUGCGGCAAACGACACAAUUUUAUCGUCAGCCAAAACAGAAACUUCGGUUGGACUGGACAACCGAAAAUACAGUUUCGGUACAGCCUAGCUGACAUAAAAGGCUGGCUUAAGAGGGAAAAAUAUCUUUGCGAUCCUAGCGAAAUAACGGUAAUUUUUCUAUGAAAUUCCAUUUCGAGAGAAAACGUUUUCCACUAACUAAAUCUUUACAAAUCAAUUUGAUUUAGAUGUCGAUCGCUUCAGCAUAAUAUAUUCUAGGUUUAUAUGUUCCUUUCGCUUUAAAUAGGAAAACCUAUAAACGUAAUUUUUUAUUGUGUCAAUAACAUAUUAAAAAAUCAUGGGGAAUGUAAAAUGUUUAGAAGUGGAAAAACGUUUUCUCCUUUUGUAUGGACGAUCUCGAGAUAUACCUUUCUCUUAAGGGGAACGGCUAUGGUGGCGUUACAUCAAAUUGUGUAAAAAUAUUUUGUAUAAUGUUAAUACUCAGAGGGAUCUUACGCUGUCGCACACUUUCGUCUUAAGAGGCUGUCAAUACCUAAAGCGCGCACACUGUCUAUUUGUAUCGGAGUAAAUGAGAUAGCACUAUCGCAUGUUACUGGGCCUGGGCAAGGGAAUAAUAAGAAAAAUAUUUAAAUAAAAAAAAGUGGAUUAUUAGUGUAAUAUUUUACUCAAUAGCGGUUUAGAUAUAAAUGUUUUGAAAUUGUGAUUUUAAUUGCAGACCCAUAAGUCAAAACAAUAAAGACAUAGAACCGUUUAAUUGUGAUUUUAAGACCAAUCUUUGCAAUUAUUUUCUAUCGAGUCGAUUUCGUUCAAUCAUGUAUCGAGUACAACCACGGUCUUUGAAAUAUAAUUAAUAUGAACAUAUAUUUUUCUUACUUGACUAAAACAAAUAGUCUUUCUUAAAAAACUGUUUUAGUAAAAUCAAUUUCAAAGACAUUGGGUGUUGACAGCCUCUUAAGUACCUAUACCUAUGAUGGCUUCGAAUGACAUUCAGUGCAAGUGUGUGGAGCUUUUUAAUUAUGGAAGGUAGAGGCAAGGAACAAAAUCUCCUUAGGCAGAACUGUUGCAAAAGUGUCCAGCUGUCAGCAUAAAUAAUAGUUCCAAAUCUUUCCAGAGUAGCGCUAGAGUAGCUAAGAACCUAGGCGUUAUUGACGGAGCAUUGCAAAAAAGCAAUGCAAUGCAAUAUUCAAAACCUUGAAAUCUCAACGGUACAGUACAAGCAGUUAAAACUAGAGUUUGUACAUAUCACAUGCUUAAAAACCUGGAUUGCAUUUGUUUUUCAAGUUAAAAUUAAAUUGUUAUGAAGUGAGUGCUAUAAGUAAGUAAACUAAAUUAAACACA